GACAGCACGACUGCAGCGGCGGGCCGGCGGGGGGCGGCGCGGCGCGGACAGGAGCCCGAGCAGCAGCGGCCCAGCGCGGUCCCCUCCCUGGCCGGUGGCCUUUGGCGUCCGACUGUCCUCUCCGCACAGGGUCGGUCCGGGGUCCCAGCAGCCGGUCCGUCCCCCCAGCCAGCCGGCCAGCGGGGAAGAUGCCGGAGCAAAGCAACGACUACCGUGUGGUGGUUUUUGGUGCCGGCGGCGUGGGCAAGAGCUCGCUGGUUCUGCGCUUCGUGAAGGGCACGUUCCGCGACACCUACAUCCCCACUAUCGAGGACACCUACCGGCAGGUGAUCAGCUGUGACAAGAGCGUGUGCACCCUGCAGAUCACAGACACCACGGGCAGCCACCAGUUCCCGGCCAUGCAGCGGCUGUCCAUCUCCAAGGGCCACGCCUUCAUCCUGGUGUUCUCCGUGACCAGCAAGCAGUCCCUGGAGGAGCUGGGCCCCAUCUACAAGCUCAUCGUGCAGAUCAAGGGCAGCGUGGAGGACGUCCCCGUCAUGCUGGUGGCCAACAAGUGUGACGAGGCCCAGCGCGAGGUGGACACGCACGAGGCGCAGGCCGUGGCGCAGCAGUGGAAGUGCGCCUUCAUGGAGACGUCGGCCAAGACGAACUACAACGUCAAGGAGCUCUUCCAGGAGCUGCUCACGCUCGAGACGCGCCGCAGCGUGAGCCUCAGCGUGGACGGCAAGCGCGCCGGCAAGCAGAAACGGGGCGAGCGGGCCAAGGGCAAGUGCAGCCUCAUGUGAGAGCCGCCGCCGCCUCACAGCGACACCGACACCGACACCGGCACCGGCACCGGCACCGGCACCGGCACCGGCACCGCCACUCGGACCUGCUCCUCCGCCGCCUGGGCCUCCUACUCCUCCUCCUGAACCGCCAUCACCCGCCCCCCCAUUUCUUCUUCCUCCUCCCGCAUCCUGGCUGGAGAAGACAAGGCUGCCCACCCAGCCCUCCGCAGGCAGCUCGGGGGGCUCCCACCCGGCCCCUCCUGAUGCUACAGCUCUUCUUCCUUCCCACCCCUCUCUCUGCCCUCCUGACCGAUCUGGACUCCUCCCAAAGCCUGGAGCUGGAGGGGACUCCCGUGUCCUGCGGAUGAGAAAUCGGGGAGUUGGCAAAAGGAGCCUCUUGUCCCAGCGGGGACCAGAGAGGCUCCCUUUCUGAGGACCCGCACCUCUGUCCCCUGUCCCUCCGGUGCCCCUGUCACACCUGCAUCCCUGCCCCCCACAUUUGAUCACUGUGACCUCCCAGGGGAGGGGGCUGAAAUGCACAUCGACCUCAGAUACUUUUCUUCUUCUUUCUCCUCCCUGGUGUUAAACACGCACCCUGUGCCACCCCGUCCCCCUCGACCUCUGCCCGACCUGUGCUCCUCCUCUGGUCCCUGUCUAUACACCAGGUGCAGGGGCCCGCGGGAUGGGCCUCAGGCCACCAGGCAAUAACCGCAGGGCCUGUGCAGCACCCCAUCAGCCUGAACCCCCCGCACCCCGGGACGAGUGGACAGACACAGCACAAACCCGGGAUGGUCCAGCCAGGGCCACCCCGGAGCCUGGAGCCUCAGGGCUUCCUGGACACUGCCCACUGGGGCCUGGCCCUUCCACCAAGAGAAGGACAUUGGCAUGGCAACGUGGCUACACCAGCAUCCUGGUUGGGAAUCUGGGGUGCUGGGGAGGGGGUGGCCAGGGAGAUACCACCUAAGCCCUAUUCAGGGCCAGUAGUUGGGACCUAGCAUCACCAGGAUGCAUGGGGGCCCCGGUGGGACCCGCUUCCUCCUGCCAACCCUGCCCCAGAGAUGGGGCCCCAGGAAGUGUCCCAGAGUCUGGGGUAUCUGCAGCCAUGAGAGGUAGGGUGUCCGUCAGUGUCUGGGUGACACUUCCCCGUGCCAGGGCUGUCGGGAGCCAGGUGAAGGUGGCUGUGGGAUGACGUAUUUGUGCACCUGUGUGUCUGUCCUCAGGGUGGUGUGUUUUGCACCUGUUAUAAAGGCCCUGCUCAUGUGUAGAGUGGGUGGUGCGGCCAUUCGUGUACGGCUGUUGACAAGACUGGGUAUUGGUGACUUAUGCGUGUGAGUCUUUAUACUUGUAUGAACAUGGCUGUGUUUUCAGGAGUGGGUGACGUGAUUUAUCUGUGAACCUGUUGUUCUGACUCUCUGAGGAUCACUGUGUCUGCUCUAGUCUUGUGCAAGCUGACUCUGUUCAGAGUGUAUCAGUCAGCCCGUGAAAUCCACCAGUAUGGCAGCCUGAAGCGACACACUCUUAUGGUCUUCCAGCUUCUGAGGGUCAAGACCUGGGUGGGAUGAGUUGAAUUCUUUCCUUGGGAUCUCACAAGGCCACAAUGAAGGUGUUCACUGGAGCCAGGUGUGCUGGCACAUGCCUGUCAUCCCUGCAUUCUGGGAGGCUGAGGCAGGAGGAUCAUAAGUUAUAGCUCCCUUGGGCAACUUAGUGACUUAGCAAGUCCCUGUCUCAAAAUAGCAAAAUAAAAAAGGGCUUGGGACAGAGCUCAGUGCAAAGGCCCUAGAUUUAACCCCCAACACCCCCCAAAAAAGCGCCAACUGAGCUGCGGCCUCAUUUGAAGCCAGACAGGGAGGACCUGCUUCUGAGCUCGCGUGGCUGUCACAGAAGGUAGUGCCUUGGGGUUCCAAGACUGAGGACCUCAGUUCCUCAGUGGUUAUCAUGUGGGCCCCUCCAUGGGGAGGGGCCCAGUGUCUCAAUGUGGCAGCUAAGCUCGUAAGGCACAGUGUCUGGGAAGAUGACCAUUCAACUAUUUUUUUUUUGGUACUGAGAAUUGAACUUGGGUCCUUGCACUUGCGCAGCAGGCAGUGAAACCACUGAGCUAAAUCCCCGGCCCAUUCAACUUUUUAUUUUCUUGUAGUCCUAGGGGUUGAACCCAGGCCCUCAGCACUGAUCUCCAUUCCCAGCUCUUUUUUAUUUUGUUAUUUUCAAGACAGGGUCUCGCUAAGCCACUAAGUUGCCCAGGCUGAGCUGUAACUUGGGAUCCUCCUGCUUCAGCCUCCCAGAGUGCUGGGAUGAUUGACCAUGUCUGACCUCUUAGAGGGGGUGAGGAAGCUGUGUGAGUGCGCGCGCGCAGUGUGUGCACCUGGCCUGUGAGGGAGAUCUCGCGCGUGUGGCCGUGCGAAGAGGAUGCAGGCAGAGAGAGCCUCCAUGUCUGGCCUGGCAUCUUUGUGAUUGGUUUUCCUCAUAUUCAGGGGAUUGUCCCCUCCACAGAUGCUUCCCGGGCACACCAGAGAGGCAGGGAGUGUGUUUGCCUGUGAGGGUACCUGGGUGUGUAUGGGCCCCCGAAGACCUUGCAGCCUCGUGUUGCAGCAGAGCUGAGCCCUGAUUUCAGACGGGCCCAGGGACCCUGGCAGCUCCUGCUGUCCCCUCUCCUGGCCCCGGGAGUGGCUCCUGGCUGGACAGGGGUCCCAGCCCUUUCUCAGGGACACACCCUGAUAGCACAAUCCCCAUGGGGCCGCCUGUCCCGGGCCUCUCCCAUUCCUCACCCCAGGGUGAGGACAUCUGCAAUAGGAGGGGCUGGAGCCCACCUUGGCUGCGCCCAUCCUGCCCGGGCAUCCCUGGUGCUGGGGACCCUGCCAGGCCACGCUUGCUGUGAUCCUGCCCCACCCUCCCCUGCAUGUGGGAGCCCCCGCCGCCCGCCGUGGGGUCUGUGUAGCGUCCGCUGUAGACUUAGUCUUCCUGCAAUAAAGACAUGGAUCCUAUGUUGC